GGCUGAGCGGGCGGGCGGCGAGGUUUGAAUCCCCAACAGUAGGCGUUGCGCGGACGCGAGGCGGGCGCGAGGCGGUGGGGCCGGAGCCGCCGGAGCCGCCGGAGCCGGAGCGGGCCGCGGCGUGGCCGGGUCCGCGCAAGGAGCGGAGGCCUUUGUAGCGGUCUGGCAACGUCAGGGGCGGGAGCUGUGUGAGACGCCAUGGCGCAAGCACUUGCCUCCCCAGGGCUGUUGUCUGAUGAUGAUGUUGCAGCCUCCCCUGUUCUUGAAUCCACAGCAACAGGGUUUGGGGCUGAUGUGCGCAAAGACCUGCUGUCAGAGUUCUCUGCUAUCUCUCCAAAUCUGGAGGGCUCCCAGCAGGCUGUAGCUGAAGAUAAUAAUGGAAAAUUAAAGGUGUAUCUGAGAGUUCGACCUCUGAAAUCUACAGAAAUGGAAAAAGGAGAAGACCAGGGCUGUGUCUGCAUUGAGAAUUCAGAGACCCUUCUUCUAAAAGCCCCUAAGGACUCCUUCACCAUGCGGAGCACAGAACGUGGAGUGGGACAAGCAGCACACAGAUUCUCUUUCACCCAGAUCUUUGGACCAGAUGUGGGGCAGAAAUUGUUCUUUGAUGAGACAAUGAAGCAGGUGGUAAAGGAUGUACUGAAUGGGCAGAACUGGCUGGUUUACACCUAUGGCAUCACCAAUUCAGGGAAGACUCACACUAUUCAGGGCAGCAACAAAGAUGGAGGGAUUCUGCCUCGCUCCUUAGCAGUCAUCUUCAAUAGUGUGGGGGACCGGCUGUACCAAGCCAUGGAUCUGAAGCCUUCCCUCUCCAAUGAGGUGAUCUGGCUAGACAGCAGGCAGGUGCGACAGGAAGAGACCAAGAAGCAGACCAUGCUGCGGGGGGGUCUGUGGGAGGUAAGUGUGGCUCCUAGGAGGUUAAUAAUAGGGAAAGGAUGGUGUCAUACUGCAUACAUGCUCAUGUUCUUUGUUUCCUUCCAGGAGGAGCUGUUGACGCCACUCAAGAGGAGCCGCAGUGCCGAAUCUCAGCUCCAGGCGACUACCAGUGGCAGUUUUGACAGUGGAGUUGCUGGCCUCUCUUCGUCUAGCCAGCUCACCAACCAUUCAGACAUCAGCCAGACAGAAGAAGUGGGCCCUCACUGGGCUGACUUGGAUCGCAUUUCACUCACCAACACAGGAGAUAUGCAGUUCUCCAUCUGGGUCUCCUUCUUUGAGAUUUACAAUGAGUUAAUCUAUGACUUGUUAGAACCAGUUUUACCUGGCCAGAACCGCAAGAGGCAGACACUGCGGCUCUGUGAAGACCAGACUGGCAACCCCUAUGUGAAAGAUCUGAACUGGAUCAAUGUCCGGGAUGCUGAUGAGGCCUGGAAGCUCCUGAAACUGGGUCGGAAAAACCAGAGUUUUGCUAGCACCCACAUGAACCAGAACUCCAGUCGCAGUCACAGUGUCUUCUCCAUUCGGAUUCUGCACUUGCAAAGAGGUGGCAGUGAAGUUGUUCCAAAAAUCAGCGAGUUAUCCCUGUGUGACCUCGCAGGGUCAGAGCGCUGCAAAGACCAGAAAAGUGGGGACCGAAUGAAAGAAGCAAACAACAUCAAUACCUCCCUCCACACACUGGGUCGCUGCAUUGCUGCCCUCCGCCAGAACCAGCAGUCCAAACUGAAGCAGACUGUGGUUCCCUUCCGGGACAGCAAGUUAACCCGUGUGUUCCAGGGUUUCUUCACUGGGCGUGGGCGCUCUUGCAUGAUUGUCAACAUUAAUCAGUGUGCAUCUACAUAUGAUGAAACUCUGUAUGUAGCCAAGUUCUCAGCCAUUGCCAGCCAGCUUGUUCAGGCACCUCCCACAAAGCUGGGACUCCCAUCCAUACAAUCGAUCAUCAAAGAGCACAACAGGCGAACCAGCCAGGGUCCAGAGGCAGUGGCAAAGGAAGAAGUGGAAUCAGAAGACGACAGUGGGGAUGAAGCAGAUGUCUCCAUGUAUGAAAAGGAGGACUUGUUGCGUGUAGUGGAAGCUGCACGAGAACUGCUGGUGCAAGAGCGGCAGGAGAAGCUGCAACUAGAAAUGCGCCUCCGUGAGGAGAUCUGCAAUGAGAUGCUGGAGCACAUGCAACAGAAGGAGCAAUGGUGCAGCCAACAUGUGGAUGCUCAGAAGGAGCUGCUGGAGGAACUGUAUGAGGAUAAACUGAAUAACCUGAAGGAGUCAUUGACUGACUAUUACCAGGAGGAGAUCCAGGAGCGUGAUGAGAAGAUUGAGGAGCUCCAAGCUGCUCUGCAGGAGGCAAAGCAAAAAUUGGAGAGCCUGGAUACUAAGCAAAAGGACUCGGGGCAAGGCUUGCGUCGAUCAAAGCGAGUGGCUACCUCAAGUGCUCUGCAACAGGACCUGGUAGAUACUAAAGCCAAACUGGAGCAAUGUCAAAUGGAGUUAAAUACUGCAACAGCAGAGUUGCGCAAGUACCAGAAAUUACUGGAGCCACCUCCCUCCGCCAAACCCAUUACUGUGGAUGUAGACAGGAAGCUGGAGGAUGGACAGAAGAAUGUCAGAUUGCUGCGUUCAGAAUUACAAAAACUUGGGGAGUCUCUUCAGUCUGCAGAGAGGGCGUGCUGCCACAGUACAAGUGCAGGGAAACUUCGAGAAGCCCUCUGUACGUGUGAUGACAUUCUGGCUAGACAGGACCAAACACUGGCAGAACUGCAGAACAAUAUGAUGCUGGUAAAACUAGACCUGCGAAAGAAGGCAGCGUGUAUUGCUGAACAGUACCACACUGUGCAGAAGCUCCAGGCUCCUCCAACAUCUACCUUAAAGAAACGGUUCUGUGCCAACAGGGAAAACCUCCAACCUAAUCAACCUCCUGGUAAAAAGCCCUUCCUGCACAACCUUCUGUCACGCUCAGCUACCCGGCCUGUUGCUGGCAGAGGGUGGCAACUUCGUUCAGUUGCUCUAUGACUUUUCACAAAGAGAUCCCUGCCCCACUAUUACUGGAACAGGUGGCAAAUCCAAUGUAAUAUCUAUAUUUUUUUUUUGUGUGCUUGUUUAUUAUUGUAGCUGCUUGAGAGCUUAUGUAAACGUUUUUUGAUAUGUAUGGUUAAACUUUUAAUCAAUACCAAAGUGGACAAAAUGACUUUUUGUAAUUUAAAC